CAUCUCUCUCACUCUACUCUCUCAGACGGCGCGCUCUCUCUCUUUCUUCCACCUAUCUCCCCUUUCUCUCUCUCUCUCUCUACGCUCUUUUUAAACCAAUCACCUAAUUUCUGCUCUGGGGACUUUUGCGUGAGUCUGUACUGUCGUUAAGAGUGUGUGAGUGUGUGUGUCUGUGUGUGUGUGUGUGUCUGUGGGUCCGUCUGGAGUGAUGGCGCUGGGAAUGCUAAACUCGGAUGUGAAGAGUUCCCUAAACGGGAGCGCAGACCUCGAUCACAGCUGGGAUGCGGAGGGCCCGCCGCCGCCGCCGCUGCAGAGCUACCUCAUGCUCACCAUCUUCACCUGCUUCUGCCCCGCCUAUCCCGUCAACAUCGUGGCCCUGGUGUUCUCCCUCAUGUCGAGGAAAAGCUAUGAGCUGGGCGACUAUGACGGCUCACGGCGGCUCGGCAAGAAGGCGUUACAUGUAGCCUUUGCCUCUGCUGUCAUCGGCAUCCUCAUCAUGGUCGUCUUCUUUGUUGUCCAUUUCACCAAGAUGGAAUUCUAAAGGAACACCAUUCUGGUGGGGUGGAAGUAUUGCUCCCCAACCUGCGCAUCUGUGGGUGAAUGGCCAUGGACAGGAACACAAUCUUUACAGACUGAAUAGAAAGGGCUUGGGAGAACAUCACCGGAAACAAAAUCCCUUUCGUGGUGAAUUGUCUUCCUGCUAAACUUUGGUUUCCAGGGAAGGUUUGACUGUCCUCAGCCUGGCAGGGGCUCUCUUCGGAUGUGGAUCGUACCAUCAGUGGCUGACUAACAGGAGUGCAUACAAUACAUGGAGGGGUCAGGAAGCACACACUUCUGUCAUUCAGGUGACAUCGCAAUGUGAACUUUGUCUGUACAUAUGUAGUUCUACUAUUGUAAAUUUGAAUUUGAACAUUUUAUAUUAGUGGUACAUUAGAACCAUUAGAAUGUUUGUGUUGUACGAUUAGCGGUCUGUUGAAUUCUAUUAAUGAUCUACAAUCAUUUGUUAUUUUGGCUGAAAAUUCAAUUGGUGGGGAGUGAUUUUUGUUUGAUUAUGGUUUUACAGUUUUCACUGGUUUACACGAGCAGUCUUAAAAUUUAAGUUAAACAUUUUCCAUUGUAAUUCAAUGUACAGAUAUGUAUCAGAAGAAGAAAAUACACGCACAGAAUGGGGUCUAAUAAAAAACACUGCAAAAACUAGUAGCUGAGUCUGUGACCCUUUGACCCCUGAGCAUCUCAUGACCUUUGAACUGAAACAGCAAUGAAGAUAGGGAUACACAGGUAAACCUACAGCCUGGAUGGUAGACCUUUAUAAAAAUGUCAGUUUCAGUUUGUUUGCCUAAAGGUAGACUCAGGACAAAAGGGGAGGUAGGAUUAGGGGUAAAUAAACCAUUCUGUUUGAUCCUCUGCAAAGCAGCAAAAAGAAGAUUUAUAUUAUGGAGCAAGGAAAGGGCAUUAUAGAGUCUUUCGCUAAAAACUAACUAACUAACUAACUUGCCUUGCCUUGCAAACACCAACAACAGCACCAUUGACACUGUUAAAGCUAGCUAUCUUGCUAUCUGAUCUGUUUCGGCAAUACCUUUGUGGCCAUAGAGCUGUAAAAGCUGUCGUAAUAUUUUCUUGGGGUUUCCGACAUGGAACACAAAACUACACAAAUAGGUUUGGCAGUUAGUGAGAAUGACAGGUAUGUUUAUCUGUCCUCCACAUGACCAUAUACCAUCAAAAUGAAUUUAAAACUACCUAGCUACCUAAAAAAACCCUAGUGUUGCUUUGAAAAUUACUGCGAAGAGUUAAUUGGGUAGAAAACAUAGAUCCCCCUGAACACAGCUCACCUGUUAACACCUUUUCUCAUUAUAUCUCACCUGAUCUCCCCUCCCCCCCAUUGGUCUCUCCUCACUCUCUACAGCAGUCCUGGGUCAGCUGCAUGUGUUUUUCACCCCCAUGACACACACACACACACCCAAGCAGCAACAGCAUUCCGCCAACUCCAGAGGAUCCUGUGUUUCAAUAUGUAACGUUAGCACUCAUCACUGGCUUAAUAUAGCAACAGAUUUCCCUUCAGUAGGUGUAGGCUAUCAUUGGCUACCUCUCGUUAGCCUCCUAUGUCCUGCAUUCUGGCCUGCUGAGUCAUAUGGCAUGUGGGAACUUUCUCAGCGCUGCCUGAUCCGACAGCAUAUGACUGGAGUCUUUACUUUCAAUCUGGGUUUAGUAAAGGGAUAUGACCACAUUGGUAAAUCAUUAGCAAAACAGCGCUUACUUGUCG